GCGCCGUGCUUCAGUUUGGUUUGGGAUGGUCUCUCCGUGUUUCUGUAGCUGUCGGCCACUGUUAUUGAUGUUUUUUCCUCGACAUUUCCAUGGUAACUGUCCUGUCUAACGUCUGAUCAGCAGCAAGGAGCCGAGCAGAGUGUGAGAAUGGAGAUGGAGGAGAAAAACCCGGACCCUAAAUACGGGGAGUCCAGGAAGUUUGACCCAAACUUCAAAGGGCCAAUUCACAACAGGGGCUGCACAGACGUCCUCUGCUGUAUUCUCUUCAUCUUGGCCCUGUUUGGGUACUUUGCUGUUGGUAUCAUUGCCUGGUCUCAGGGUGACCCCAGGAAAGUGAUCUACCCCACAGACAGCAGAGGGCAGUUCUGUGGACAAGCUGGAACACCUCUGGAGAAGAAGCCCCUCCUGUUCUACUUCAACAUCCUGAAAUGUGCCAGCCCUCUGGUGCUGCUGGAGUUCCAGUGUCCCACCACACAGGUAUGUGUGGAAAAAUGUCCCGACCGGCACAUGACGCUGGUGAAAGCCAAAAUAGGCAACAAAGACGACCGUGAAUACUUCAAACAGUUCUGUAAGGAUGGGGUGAACUUCACCAAAAGUCCUCCAGAGCUCCUGAGGGACGGCUUGUGUCCUGCCUUACUGAUGCCCAGCAAACCCUUCACGCGUCGAUGCCUUCCUGCCUUGGGAACCUUGAAGGGCGGGGUGGUGGUGGUGGGCAAUGAGACCACUAUCGACCUUGAUUCGGGCGUCAAAAUUAACGCCACAGAUGUGCUGGAGGCAUCCAAGAAAUCCAAUGUGGUUGUUGAAGCUCGCCAGGUGGCCAUGCGAAUCUUUGAGGACUACACUCAGUCUUGGCACUGGAUAUUGCUAGGUCUGGUGAUUGCCAUGCUCGUCAGCUUGAUUUUCAUCGUAUUGCUGCGAUACUUGGCUGGCGUCAUGGUCUGGGUCAUGAUUGUGUUGGUUAUCAUCGUCAUCGGAUAUGGGAUUUUCCACUGUUACAUGGAGUUUGCGAGUCUGAAGGGAGAGCCGGGUGCUGACGUCACCAUCCGUGACCUGGGCCUGCAGACAGACUUCUCUGUCUACCUGCAGAUCAGACAGACCUGGCUGGCUUUCAUGAUCAUCCUUGCUAUUGUGGAGGUCAUCAUCAUCCUGCUACUCAUCUUCCUCAGGAAGAGAAUCAUGAUCGCCAUUGCCCUCAUCAAAGAAGCCAGUAGAGCUGUUGGGCACGUGAUGUCAUCCCUGUUUUACCCACUGCUGACCUUUGCCCUCUUGGCCUUGGUGAUCGCUUACUGGGCCAUCACUGCUGUUUUCUUGUCCACCUCUAAUGAGCAGGUGUACAAAGUGUUCAACACCUCUGAGUGUGAGUACUCACGAGAGACCUGCGACCCCAAGACAUUCAACACCUCCAACGCUUCAUCUCAGUGUCCGGAUGCAGAAUGCCUGUUUGCCUUCUAUGGUGGGGAGACCCUCUACCACAAAUACCUCAUCCUGUUCCAGUUCUACAACGUCUUCCUCUUCUUCUGGUGUGCCAACUUUGUGACGGCGCUGGGCCAGGUCACUCUGUCGGGGGCCUUUGCCUCGUAUUACUGGGCCUUCAAGAAACCUGAUGAUAUUCCCGCCUACCCCAUCUUCUCCUCGCUGGGACGGGCUCUCCGAUACCACACAGGCUCCCUGGCUUUUGGCUCUCUGAUCCUGUCUAUAGUCCAGGUCAUCAGGGUCAUUCUGGAGUACCUGGAUCACAAGUUGAAAGGUGCUCAGAACAGAUGUGCUAAAUUCAUUCUGAGCUGCAUGAAGUGCUGCUUCUGGUGUUUGGAGAAAUGUAUCAAGUUCCUUAACAGGAAUGCUUACAUCAUGAUUGCCAUCUAUGGAAAAAGUUUCUGUCCGUCAGCUCGAGAUGCUUUUUUCCUUCUCAUGAGGAACAUCAUCAGGGUGGCUGUUUUAGAUAAAGUGACUGACUUCCUGCUGUUUCUUGGGAAGCUCCUCAUUGUUGGAAUAGUUGGCAUCUUCUCUUUCUUCUUCUUCUCGGGAAAAAUCAAAGCAGUAGAGGAUGCUGCUCCAUCUCUGAACUACUACUGGGUGCCAAUACUGACGGUGGUAGUGGGAUCCUACCUCAUCGCCCAUGGCUUCUUCAGCGUGUACGCCAUGUGUGUGGACACACUGUUCCUCUGCUUCUGUGAGGACUUAGAGAGAAAUGACGGCUCGUCCGAAAGGCCUUACUUCAUGUCCCCUGAGCUGCACGACAUCCUCUCCAAAGCCAAGAGGCUGGAGGAGGACCAUGACGGCAUCGAUCAGGGGGAUUCUGCAGAUGCUGCGAAGCAAGUGGAUGAGGUGAAACUGGAGGAGGAGACUCCUCUUCAGCAGCAAGACGGAGAGAUCCAACUGAAGCAGCAGACGGUGCUCAAGCAGGACAACGAGGAGGAGCAGCCUCUGCAGGCCAAGACGGACGCCGAAGAGCCAAAAGAGGAGAAAAAUGAAGAACAAAAAGUCAGUCAGGAAGAGGAGGCUGAAAAGAAAGAAGAGGUGAAAGAAGAGGUGAAAGAAGAGGCAGAAAAACAGGAGUUGAAAAAGGAGGAAAAGACCGAGGAGGCGCCACCUCCUGCUGUGGAGGCUGACAAACAGGAGACUGAUGAAAAGAAAGAGGAGAAAGAGGAAUCCUUGGAAGAAAAACCUCCCUCUGCACCAGAGGAGUAGAUGUUAACAGUAAUGCAGGGGCAAAAAAUAGGCUUGGUAAACCUCAUAAAGCAUAAAGAAUGAAAGAACUGUAUCUAUAUGAAAUGGGCCUGUUAAAUGUACGGCAUUACAACAAGCUAAGAUUUCCAAUGGCCUUGCUAUGUGAGCGGCGUGACGUCCAGCUGGAUCGUCAGGGCCGUGGUUCACAUGUUAAGGUCAAAGCAGGUCAAAAGCCCAGUGCAUCUCUGUAGCUUGGAAAAAUGCUCUCUUGUGUUGGUUUUAGAACAGUGUUGGUUUUUAUAUUGUGAAGAUCUGUAGAACAUUGUGAGUGCUGAACCUGUGCCUGAUUACUGUCACUAAUAUUUGUUGUCUUAAUCCUGUUAACGAAUGCACUACAGAACCACUAAGUACCGUGUUUACAGUCAGAGCCAAUGACUGUAUACAAAGAUGGAUGGCGUGCGUCCACUUCCUCCCACUGUACAAAAAUGAAGCCAAAAUAUAUAUAAUAUAUAAUAUGGAGGCUGCCAUCUUGCGCUGGUGAUGUCAUUUGGAGUUAGAGCAGUGUUUCCCACGGAAUUAUAAUCUGUAACCUCUAUAAAUUCUGAGGUUUUUUUGGGUCCUUGAAGGCAGUGCAGAAGUCUUGUUCUUUUAUUCCUCAGCUGCAGUUUCUGGAGUUUGAUUCGCAGGGAAGAUAGGCUAAAUUGAUUAUUGGUUAACAUCUGAGCUUAUCAGAUCAGAUCGACGGAUGAGAGGAGCAGCUGCUGCAGAGGCGAGUGAAAGCAAACUUUAAGACCCAGCGCAAUGAACGGUUAGGUUUCACUUUCACUGCACCUGACAUUCUGCUGCUCCAUCUGUGCCCAGAGUAUGCUGUGCACUACAAGCGUGUGGUGCAAUGAGUAACCGAAUUGUAUUUAUAUAUUCCAACAGGGCUCCUAAUGAAUGGUCCAGCUGCAUGAAUAAAUAAUCAGUAUGUGGUGGCAGAUGAAAAUGAAUAUGUGAAACCCUGAAAAGUCUGCACAGUAAAACCUCAGUUGUAUCAAGUUGCCCCUUAUACACCCAUCCAACCAAUCAUGAGCAGUGCCACUGAUCACAAGCACACCGACUGGCUCACACAGCUGUCAAUCAUGAUGUCAGAACCUCUUUUUACAGCAUCAAAUAACUAGUUGUAACCAACCUUUUUAGAAAACCGAGCACCGAACAUACAUCAGCAGGAUAAGAACUACUUAAAAUGACAGAAACCAUCUUUGGAAAUAAAUUUAUUACAAGUUUUCAGGCCCAUGUCUCAUCCACUAACAUAAGGGGGGCAUGGUAGACUGCAGCCAGCCACCAGGGGGCGAUGGAGAUGUUUUGGCUUCACUUUUGGGGAGCUGUCAUGUGGUCCAUCUUUAUAUAUCCUACAGUCUAUGGUCAGAACACACACAUCUCAACCGAUGGUGAAUCUCCUUCACUGUUUACAAUAAUACCAGCUGACGCCAAAAUGUUACAGACAUAUUUGAUAUACUGUAUAAAUAUUGGAUCUUUUCUUUUUCCUAUGGAACUUGUAUAUACACAGUAGUGUACGUCUAUUAUGUAUUUUUUGGCUUCAGUCUUGUAAAGAUCCAAGAUGGGAUCCAACGUAUUGUAUUGACACCUACUUGCCUUGGUAUUUCGGACUGGCGUAAGUGCUGUGAUUGUGUCGCCAUGACGCAGCCAUUGUGACCUCUCUGCAGACCCCCCCUCCCCCAGUUGUUUACUGAUCUGAUCUUACUUGCUCUGUCCCUAUUCUCUCUUUGUCCCUCUCUCUUUCUCUAAGUGCUGCAUGGUGUUGACAUGGCCUUCUGAAUGCUCGCAACUAACAUUCUCUGGAUGCUUUUGUACCCUUUUUUCUUGUUUGUCACCUUGUGAAAGAUGUAAGUUGAAUUCCCAAAUGAAGUUACUGAUGACAUUCCAUAUUUAUUGGAUGUAAGUCUUGAUUAAAGGUGAUUGUAUUUAAUCGUGGUAGUUCUGUUAUGGGUAAAACACAUGAGUUUCAAGGUGGCUUGGCAUCUGGAAGCAGGUGAGUUUUCAUUAUCCGACCAAGUCAGCCAGGACUUUUAUUUUAUGUUAAAGGAGCACUCCAACAAUUUUACUUGUACAUGGUAAACUUUGGGACCAUACCACUUAGCCUGUAAAACACCUGAAUAAUGUUUUUUGUGUCUCUAGAGGAGGCUUUCUUAAAUCUGAGGAGAUAAAAUUUCCCAUAAUGCAUCUCAAUCUGCAAACCAACAGAUAGAAAUGCAUUAUGGUAAGUGUAGUAUCCUGGGUUUUUGCAACUUGACCCAUGUAAGCAACUAAAAUCAGGAUUACUUUCCCUCUGGUGUAUUGAUUUGGAGCAGUGGUUCCCAACAUUUUGUGACCUCUUAAAGGGACAGUUCACCCCAAAAUCAAAAAUACAUAUUUUUUCUUUUACUGUGCUAUUUAUCAGACUAGACUCUUUUGGUGUGAGUUGUUGAGUGUUGGAGACUUCUGCCUUCUCUCCAAUAUUAUGGAACUAAAUGGCUCUCAGCUUGUGGUGCUCAAAGCAACAAAUAAAGUACAUUUGAAAAACUCAACAGCAGUGUCUCUUUCCAUAAAUCAUGACCCGGCUACUAGAGAUAAUCCACAGACCUUGUUGUGAGUAGUAAACAUUAGUGGCGUCUUCCUCAGCUGAGCUGUAACGUAGCUACAGUUAGCACUAGAUGCUUGCUUCCUUCUGAGCGGUGAUGCAACUGGUGGGUGUAGUUUGUUGGAAAGCAAAUAGUUCUCACAUGAAACUGCUGACAACAAGGUCUGUGGAUUAUCUUGAGUAACAGGGUCAUGAUGUCAUGAUUUUUUUUAUUUUUUAUUUUUUUUGGCACUUUGAGCACCACAAGCAGUGUGCCAUCUAGUUCCAUUAUAUUGGAGAGAAGGCAGACAUCUCUGCUGCUGAUAUCUUCAACACUUGGCAACUCACACCAAAACAAGCUAUUCUGAUAAAUACCACUACAGGUAAAAAGAAAAGUAGGCUAUUUAUUUUUGAUUUGGAGGGUGAACUGUCCCUUUGACAUAAAACAGUGUCCUCUAGUGACCCCCAAUCACAGGGCAAUGGUCUUAGUGUGGACAGUUCAACCACAGGAGGAAUAAUCUUUUGAUAAUGUACCUGAGAAAAUAGUAUACAGAAUAUUACACAACAAAAUGGAAAAAUCUGAAAAAAUAAAUAUGCCCUUUCCACCCCUCUCUUAUUCCUUUGAAAAUUUCCAGAGCCUUUAAAUUAUUCUUGGGACUCUAAAGGGUCCUGACCUCCACAUCGGGAAUCACUGAAAUAGAGCAUUAUUUUAUUUCCUUUAGUUAAAAAGAGCUUAACUUGAAAAUAGUUUUUGCUGACCUCUGGUGGUUAAUCCUCUUGCCUUGCUGGAGGGACAUACACAGCACAGGUGACUCCUGUGACACUCAACAGAACAUAUCUGACCCAACAAACUUCAAAUUUGAAACCAGAGACAGCAGUAAAACUUUAGACUGUGUAAAAUAAUAGACAUAGCUAACAUGACAGCACCCAUUUGUUUGUGGAUUGCUGUUUCGAAGCCUUGAGUUUGGCGUUAUUGGCCAUCACCAUCUUGUUUUUUGGAACUAGAAGUAACCAAAUUUGGACAUGUGGGUGGAGCUGUGGAAUUAGAGAGAGGUGGAUCUGACUCAUAGACUGUUGUGACACUUGGUAGACACUUUGCCAUUAAAUAUGUGUAACUUUAAGUCUUAAUAAAAUGUAAAUGGGUGAGUUACAUGAAAAUUCACCCCCUGUACAGUUGUCAUGAAAGGGAAAAUUGUCUAUAGAGGUUUUUGUACCAGGCUGUAAACAUGCUUACUUCCACUGUAAAGUUGUGCGUUUUAACAUGGGGGUAGGUGGGGACUGACUCACUUCUGGAGCCAGCCUCAAGUGGCCAUUAGAGGAACUGCAGUUUUUGGCACUUGCACAUUGGCCUCAUUUUUAAUUUGCUGCUUGAGUAAAACACCGCUUGUCAGCCUGGUGUGAAGUUGCUCUUUAUCUGUCUCUCACAAGUUUCCUUAUAGUAGUGCAAUAUUAAAUUGUUGGAGUACUGUUGGAGUACAGUCAGCUGAAAGGCAAAAUAGAUUAUAGAUAGAGAAUAUAUGAAUACAAGCACAGUUAAAUGACUCUGAAAAAUGUUCCUCAACUGCUUCUGUCC